AAAAAUGGUGUUUAAUCGUAGUGGGGGUCGGUAGGCGGAAAGGUCGUCCCUGAGCCAUGAUGCGCGACCAUGGUGCGCAGAGGUCCUUCGGCGGCGAUGUCAGUCAACCCGGUGACGUCUCGCAGCGUGUGUCGUUUUCUCGGACUCUCGUGCCGGUAUCCAGAAAAUCGAAACGAGACGAGAGGCGGCCGUGUAUCCAUAGAGAUCGACGUUCCGUGCAUCGACGCGUCAACGACUCACGGUCUUCGCAACGCAUCAACCAUACCACGGGAAAAAUUCGCAAAAAGGACAGUGUACGCGCGAAUCGUCGCGUCAGUGCGUCCCAUCGAAACGCGAUCGGUAAAAAAUGUAAACUCGAUUCUUGCGCGUAUUCCGUGUGCGAUGUGCGUGCGAUCUACAGGUGAGAGGGAUAAUCGUGCGAAUAAGUAAACGAUCGCGACGUGUGUAUCGACCGAUACGAUUCCGAAGAUGUAUCGCGAAACAUCGUGACGAACGAAUCGAGAAGACGCGAUUCCGAACAAACAGCCGAUAAGAUCGACGCGCGUCGGUCUUUCGUUCAUAUCCUCGGUGGACACUGGACGAUCCUGUGUGCAGGGACAUUGAUGUCGGCGUGUGAUGAAAGGCAAGCCGCAGGAAAGAAUUCGCAGCGGUGGUGAAGCUUAACGCGGCAAGCGAAGGAGAUCGAUCGGUCGGUCGGGCAUCGAAUCGAAGAAACAGGAUCCCUGCCAGCCGACGGAUUUCUCGUUGAGGUUAAACGAGGCGCGAAGUGCGCGCGCGGUGUUUCUCGAUCGUGACGCGAGUCGUGGUCCGUGGUUAACGCGGCGGAGGACUCGACGAAACCGAGGAUGGAGGACGAACUGCGAUGCCCUUGUUGCAAGGAGCUGUUCGUGGAGCCGGUGCUGUUGCCCUGCUGGCACGCUCUUUGUCUGUCGUGCGCGGUGAAUCUUCAAGCGCCGCCCGACUCGCCACCGGAGUCGACCACCGAUUCCUCGAAUGCACCGGGAUCCGAUCAGGAAGCCGACAAACUCUCGAUUCUAUCGGAGACUGAUUCCGGGGUGGUAUGCAGCAGCACGUCGACCAGCUCGCGACCGGGAAGUUACGUCGGCACGCCCGGAAACGGUGGCUUUCCGCCGUCGGGCGGCACCUUGUGCCUUUCCUGCCCCGUCUGUCAGAAGACCGUUUAUUUCGAUGAAGGAGGCGCCCACAAUUUGCCCAAAUACAGGGCGAUGCAGCAUAUCGUCGAGAAGUUUCAAGAAUCGAGGAACACGAGAAUGCAAUGUCAGAUGUGCGAGGGCGAGCCCCGGGACGCGACCGUCGCCUGCGAGCAAUGCGAGGUGUUGUAUUGCGACGGCUGCAGGGAAUCCUGUCAUCCGAAGAGGGGACCUUUGGCGGCUCACAAUCUGGGCCCACCUCGAGGCAGCUGGCAGUCGAACGGAGGCAAAGGUUCUCGCGGUGCAGCCGCGGAACCUACACCGGUUUGCAACGAUCACAACGGCGAGCCGUUGACCCUCUACUGUGCCCUCUGUAAAAUCGCGAUAUGCGCGGUUUGUCUUCGCGAUCGACACGCGGCUCAUCCCCACGACGUUCUGCCCUUGGCCGCCGCCUGCAAAGCGCAAAAGACGGAGCUCUCGCAAAAUUUGCAACAGCUAUCGGAGAGGGCACGCUCGACGACGGAAUUCAUUCAGAGGCUCAAAGGAAUGACGGACAAAGUGCACGAGGAGUGCGUGGCUUUGGAGGAGGAGGUGGAGGAUAGGGUGGCGAAUCUGGUGAGCGUGCUUCAAGCGAGGAAAUCGCGUCUGAUCGAGGCAGCCCGACAAACCAGAGAGGCGAGGGUGCGCUCUUUGAGGGACCAAGUGACCAGAUGCGCGUCUCACUUGCAAGCGACCACCGCUCUUCUCACGUUCUGCAUCGAGGCGCUCAAGGAAAACGACAGCGGCGCGUUUCUUCAGAUCGGCGGAAUGCUGUCGGUUAGGGCAGCGACCGCUGCCGGGUCCUGGGGGGCCGCCGAGGGCGUCCAAGAAAUCGCCAGAUUACCCCUGCUCGAUCUCACGCUCGACGACAAACCUCUGCGACGAGCUAUCGAUCAACUCACCUUCGUCCAGCUGAAACCUCCCGGGGCACCGUUACUGAUACCUGAGGAAUGCAGCGCGGAGAACAACAGCGUGACAGUCGCCUGGCAGCCUCCUUCCGGGCACGGGAUCGUCGGCUGUGCCGGGCAAAGGGGUCCUGCCAUCGAGGGUUAUCUUUUGGAGCUGGACGACGGAUGCGGCGGGGAGUUCAGGGAGGUGUACUGUGGCCGAGAAACGAUCUGCACCGUGGACGGGCUGCACUUCAACUCUCUGUACAAUGCCAGGGUGAGGGCAUUCAACAGCGCGGGGGAGGGAGAGUAUUCGGAGCUGAUCGGUCUCCAGACUGCAGAGGUGGCGUGGUUUUCCUGGGCGACCGGGGCGUCCGGUAUACCACAGGAGGUAUCAAUUUCCGAGGACGCGAUGAGCGCAUCCUGCGAGGGCUACGAGCACAGGGUCGUACUCUCGAGCGUCGGAUUUUCGCGAGGCGUUCACUAUUGGGAAUUGACCAUCGACCGUUAUCACAGCGACACUGAUCCAGCCUUUGGCAUCGCCAGGGCCGACGUGUCGCGGGAUCAAAUGCUCGGCAAGGACGACAAGGGUUGGAGCAUGUACAUAGACCGUCAGCGUUCCUGGUUCAUGCACGGCGGCGGCCACGCGCAGAGGACCGAGGGCGGCGUGCAACAGGACUCGACGGUGGGCGUACUCCUCGACCUGGACACCACGCACACACUUCGUUUCUUCGUCAACGAUCAACCGCAGGGCGGUAUCGCGUUCCGCGACCUCUACGGUGUCUUUUACCCGGCCGUCAGCCUGAACAGAGGGGUGACCGUCACUCUGCACACGGCACUGGACGUUCCCCGUCAUCUGUUGGCGUUGCACGACGAGUACAUCAACGACAUGAUUCAGAGCUAGGGGUACCUAAACGUCCUGAAGAAGGGCUUGCUGCAGGAAGUCGGAUCUCCCGGCUCCGUGGGCUUCGACAGGCCCAGGGAAUUCGACGGCCAGCUCGAGAAGAUCGUCGAGGAGAGCCUCGGCGAGACCAAUUGACGAAACCUCCGCGUCCUCUCGGAUUCCGCGAGUCCGUUAAUUUAUUGUUCUCCGCGUUUGUCCGUCGAGUAACGCUUUUUUAAAGAGAGAUCUCGUUCGGGGGAUACCGCGGAGCAAGGGAAGGCCAUUUCCCUUUCGAGAACAGGUAAAACAGGGACGAACACAGUAAACGGUUCCAAGUGUAGAAAAAUUAAGUAUAACGUAAGGACGACACUAGGACGCUUUCGCGGGUAUAUCUUUACGAAGGUAGUAAACGAACGAGCUUUCCGAUGGAACCUGUCCGGUUUUCCGAUCUAGAAAUCACUGCCAGUAUAGCGAGAUCUGUCGAAUCCAAGACUGGAAUUUGUUGGAACAGCGCCCGUAAAUUCGAAGCGUUCUCCGUCUAACGAUCGCGCGCGAUCGCAACCUCUUAUCCAUAUCGACACGUAUAAGUGUAAUUGCCUAGGUGUAAGUUAAGCUUUAUCGGUAUUUAAUAAGACGCAUUUUCGAAGGAAGGAGCCAAGCACGUACGCACGCAGACUCGUCAGCUUUAGUGUAAAAGAAAAAAAAUAACAAAUAACGGAAUCGAGUAAACGUUUUCUAGUCCCCCGAUUGGAUCGUCCACCGCCACCAUUCUCCGCCAUUUUCUUAUGCAGCCCAUCUUCCGCGUUCCACGUAUAUUCGCGCCCGUUCCCUCCCCGCAUUUUUUCAAUCCUUUUUUCUACCUACGAACGUCGAACGCGACCAGAAAUGGAAAUCGAAGCUCGUUUAACCCUCUGCCGCAUAAUGCGACCGAUCCGGGACUAACCCUCACGAAAACAACCCCUGUAAAGUUCGCCGAGGAAAUUUUACAGGAUUCGUGCGUGUUUUCGCGGGGCAUACACGACACUCCCCCCGCGAAUUCCGUUGAUCGUAUCGAGGGUGUGAUUUUCGUACAGUAAAAUAGGAUGAUGUUCGAUGAAGUAAAAUUUGCUCGUGCUUCGUUUUCCAUUAACGCGAUGGCCCGACUCUUCUCGACUCGUUUUCCGCCGCCCUCGUGCCACGAAUAACGGGGCACAGUAUAAAUAACCAAGAAUAGAGUUUCCUUUCCGCGAAGAUAGAUGAAAAUUGAUGCGAUAGAGGGGUUUAAAAUAGAUGUUGCAGCGCACAACCUCGUGAAACAGCUCCUCCCAGCGACGAGGAGGACCAACGUCAGCGUUGUACAUACCUGUACAUAAAUACUUGGAUCGUACUGCCCGACGAUGAAUUUGCCAAUUGUAUUUACAACUAUAUCCGAUCAAUAAAACGCACCA